AAUUGGUGCAUUUGAAAUGAAUUAGUUUGUAUGAAAUGGAGGCGGGAGAGUAAUUAAUUAAAAAGUAAUAAAAAUGAUAAUGCGAAGAAUUAAGAAGAUGGUAAAGAGAAGAAUACCAAUUUGAAACGUUAAUCCCGCUUCCAUAAACAACAACGUCAUAUUUUUACUACAAGAGACACAUUCACACACUCUCUCUCUCUCUCUCUCUAACAAUGGCUUCUUCUCAUGAUGAUUCACAAGAUUUCUCCAAUUUAUUCAACCAAUUCAUUGAUCCAAAUCUCAACCACUCCGCUUCUGAUUACAACAAUCCAUCUUCUCCCUCUUUUCAUUUCUCUCAUCCUUAUCCUAAUUCUUCCACCAUCCCUAAUUUCCCCAAUUUCACUUCUUCUUCUUCUUCUUCUGCUCAGAAUGCUGAGGCUUCAGAGUUGCCAUCUUCAAAGGGGACUUCACCACCACGUUCUUCCUCAAAGAGAGGCAGAGCUGCAGAGUUUCAUAAUUUGUCUGAAAAGAGAAGGAGGAGUAAGAUUAACGAGAAAAUGAAAGCUUUGCAGAAUUUGAUUCCGAAUUCUAACAAGACAGACAAAGCUUCAAUGCUAGAUGAAGCCAUAGAUUAUUUAAAGCAGCUUCAGCUUCAAGUACAAAUGUUAAUGAUGAGAAAUGGUUUUAGCUUGCAUCCAAUGUCUUUAUCAGGAGGGCCGCGACCUAUGAUGUUUUCUCCGACCGAGUUGAAUCUUGAUGAAGGUAAUGGAUUUCCCAAUUCUAUCACUGCAGUCGCCUCAUCUGCGAACGAUGAAUGUUUAGCGCGGCCUGCUUUUACUUUUCCAGAACAAUGCAGCAUCUCAAAUCAAUCCGUUAUACCCCCGAUGACAAAUUUAGCUACUUUUGAUACCUCGCCAAGUUUUCAACCCUCUAUGAAGUCUAUAACAGCAUGCCACAACUGAUUUUGGAUACAACAAGAAUUGGAAAAACUCCUUCUCCAGAUGUGUCUUAAACAUGUCGUUUUGUAAAAUUGCAGCUUAUGUUCAGACAUCAUAUAAUGUAAACUUGGAACGCAAAUAUGAUAACUACAAGACACUCCAUUAGGGUGUUUGUGGUACAAUUGAUAACAUCAUUUUAUUACUCUAUCAAUUAUAAAUGAAGUUAAUGAACAUUGUAAAACAUGUUAACAUUUUCUUUGGAUCUUUUAGUCUUGGGGUGAUUAGAUAUUUAUGAUAGACUGCAUAUCAAUACCCUAAUGUAGAAUCAUAAUGGCUGUGAGGCUUGUUACAAAUUUACAAUCUAUUUUGUGUGAUAUCAAA